AUGCUUCGGACUCUCCUCGCUGCGCGCGACGACGAAUGCCACCCGGUAGAUGGCGGGAACCCCUGCGAGAAAUCCGCCUCGGCGUCGCAAGGAACUACUUGGGCGAUUGUCGGCACUGUGGUCGGCGUUUUUGUCGUAUCCACCCUCUCCGUGUUGCUGUUUCUCCAUCUAAGGCGGAAGAAGCGCGACGCGAAGGAGGACAGCCAAGACCGCUUCCGCAUGGAAGAUUACGGCGUGGAGGUUGCGCCAUCCUCGCGAUCCAAGGCUCGCGCCGAUCCACCGAAGCGGUCGCUCGACGAGUCGACUAGAACCGAUGGAAGAACACCGACGAAGCCCACAGCAGCUGCGCCAAGGGGGUAUCUGAACCCCUUCGUAGCCGAUACCGACGACACGGCCUCGUAUCAGUCGUCAGAGGGGCCGAAUCACUCGGGUGGCCUUGCUCCCCAGCGGCCGAUGACUGGCGAGUCCUCGCCGACCAGGCCGAAUACUUGA